CGCAGCAGAGGCAGAGUUUAGCACUAGCACUGCUACCAUUCGGACGAGACUCUGAAAGCAAAAGUUGUUCAUAAUAUGAUGUUUUUCUAGUCCAGCGAGAAGACUACAAACACACUUUGGUAAAUCCACAAGAACUUGAAUCGAGGAACUGGAAUCAUAAACGUACGAUUUUUUCACCCUGUGCCUGGAACAUUAUGUAGUGGCAGGUCGUUGAAAAAAACAGAGGCGAGAUCUUGUUUACAAAAUGAGGGCUGCCCGUGUUGUCAUUCUGCUGCUGGCGUGUGGAGUUGGAUGUUUUGCCGUAGUAUCGGCUAACACUAACAGGCGACCACCAAGCGUAUUGGGGGAGGGUCAGCUAGAUGCGGAGUUGUUGUGCUUGAACCUCAUGAACUGUACUAAUUGGUGCAGAAACUGCGGACACAGACAGCUAACAGAACUCCAACAAGAUUUGGAUGAUUGUAAAUUCUUCCGCGAUUCCACUGAUUACAGAUAUGCCACUAAUUGUCCGCCUGGGGUGGGUAAAGGUCUAACCAAGGUGUGUAUGUGUAAAGAAUCAAAUGGUGCAUGCUGGAGCUGCAAUCCUUCCAACACCACUAGCGAGUUAUUGUGCCUCUCUCAAGAACGAGGAGAGCCUGAAAUACAGAUCAGUCUGCCAAAUUCAAGACAGUUACAACCCUUGUCGCUGACAUGUCCAAGUUGCUUGUGCUCAACCAAUGCCCCAACAACUCGGCCAACCACACCACGUAUGUUGAUGCCCACCGUUUACCAUAACGAUGACAAGGUUGACCCAAGGCCGACGCAAAAAAGUAUGACAACAGUCGCAGGCAGAGGACAACCCAACGAGGUUAUCAUCAUAGCAGUGGCUACAGGAGGGGGAGUGCUUGCCAUUGUGUUAUUUAUCGGCUGUCUCGUGUGCUACUGCAGAAGACGCAGCAACAAAGCACCCAAAACGGUUGUCAAUGAUAUGGAGGAGUAUGCCGAUAUUGAUGAUAUAAGAACAAUGAGGAGCCAGGCUUCCAUGAUGAGUCGGCAGAAUUUGAUUUCAAACGAAGGGUUGAACCACCUACCUUGCGGACACAGGCAUUUCAACAACGAGAUGUACGGGAUGAAUGCCAUUGGCAAUGGCCAUAGCAUAUCGACACAGCAACAAGCACCAGAGCUGCCUGGCAAUCAUCCCCCUCCAUCCGUCCCACCCCCAGUGCCAUCACAGUAUCAAGGGCUGAACCGUGGUCCUUUGAGGUCUCAGAGUGCUAUGGGGAACGGAGCCUGCCCACACUGCCAUCAAAAGAGUGUCGCUGAUAGGAGUGCCACUGCACCACUCAUGGAUCGCCCGACAGGGCUCGACAUUUCUGGCAGCGUGGAGGGUGCACGGAACCCGUACAUGGCAUUGAUCAAGACCAACACGUGCCCAACGCCUGGGACGCCACCUGCACCUACCGUGUGCGAUUGCCACUCCAAGCCGCUCAGUGAGUGUAGCAGUGUCUCUGGGAGUCUCCACUCCGACCCGCAGCGUAAUUCGACACACGCGGGUGAUCUCCUCAAUGAAACAAUCCAAGAAGCUGACCCCGAAUGCCAGGGAGGAAACGAAGAUGCACCGGAAGAAGACCCGUACUAUUUCAAGAUGCAGACAGCUGCGAAAGAGCCAGAGCCAGAGGAGGUUUCACCACCACAAAGUCCACGAUACUUCAAGUUAGAGGAUGCAGAAACCAUACCGUUAGAUGGUGAAAAUACACCGAUGCUUUAUGCACCUGAUAGCAAUGGGAAUAGUGUGCGUACAAAGACAUUACCUGCAAACUCUGUAGACUCUUCUAUAGAGCCGAGCAGUAGGACUGAAAGCUUACCCCUGGCAUCGUUGGCGGACACCCAGCCCAGAUCACCAACUGCUGGUGAUAGCCCAGUACAAUCUCCUGUAAGCCCAGAUCUUGCCAUGCAGCAGAACGGGAUGUCCAGAUCCGUGGAAGGGCUCCCCAAUGGAGAUUACAUGCAUCUAGUGAAAGGAUCAUCAAAGGUCACCAGUGUUUAAAGAGUCUCAAUUAAUGAAAAAACAGGGAAAUGUAAAUAAUUAUUCCAGUGAAAUAUUUUAGAAAGGUUUGGUGUGAAGAUGACCCACUAAGAUCGUAGGCAUUUGAAAAGAAAUGCACCAAGAAAGGCAGAGGAUCUGAAAGUUUAUUAGAGGAUACUUGAGUAGCUUUUUCACAUACAAGAACUUCAGUUCACAUUCUCUGUAUAACUCGCCUGGCCUCGAUUUUACAAAACAGUUAGAUUUAUCUUAAGAUGGGUUAACAGUGACUCUACACUGAAACUUCUCAACUCCCAAAUAGGCCAACAAUGACUAGUGUUUAGACCAUUAAGUCCUCACUCCGUGGUAGUGAAGUUAAUGACGAGAAGUCCCGCUUGUGUCAAUUUGUCUUUGUUCAACCCAAAUUACUAAAGAUUCUGAAAAAGUAAAUAUGCUUUGUUUCUCAGUAUAAAGAAGAAAUAAUAUGUUGUCUGGAUGUGUACAAGUGCAUUACAGCAAGGAAGGUAGUUGUUUCACUUAAAGACUAACUAAUUAAAUUCACUAAUUAAAACUGUGUGAGCUUUCGUAGCAACAGCUACUUCAUUGUUGCUGCAAAAGCUCAUGCAGUGUUUUUUUUAUGUAAUUAGUCAGUUAAGUGCUACCACUACCUAACUGUUUGAUCUACAUGACUAUCACAGCCUUUUUUUUAGUAAUUAAAUUGAAUUAUGUGGCUCAAGUUACAAGUACAUUCAACAAGUACAUUUUAUUGUGGCGAAGUAUUCGCUGCAAAAGUGAAAAAGUUUUCUUCUUUUAAAUAAAAUGUGGAUACAUGUAUGCAGUUAAAAAGUACUACACACACAAAUGGUUCGUCAUGUUUUUUUUCACCUAAGCAAUGAUGAGCUUGAAGUGCACUUUUUGGUCUCCAAGUAAACCCCUUUAAUUUUCUGGUUUUUUCAAGAAGAUUUUCUUGGUUGAAAUUAAUUCUGUAAAUCUGAUAAUGAAAAGGAUACCUGCAUUGGUUCGUCUGCUGAAGAGUGGAACAUUUGGUUCGCUUUUGAUUUAUCACUAAAUUUUUAUUCUUAUCAAGUUUUCAAUGAACUUUGGAUCAGACUAUUUAUCUUGAAUGUAAAUUCAGCAUAUUUUUAAUUUGUGUGUGUAUAGUUUGCUUUUCACAUGUAAUUAUGUACAUAUUUCUAUAAGUGUGGGGCAAUAUGGUGAAGCACAUUUUGUGUCUGAAAAGGAAUGUUAACAUUCAUUUUGAUAAAAUUUUAAACUUGAUUAAGAAUGGAAUUUCUACACCCAAGCUUGUACUCAAAGGUUAAAUAGGUCAAAGUGAAGUUAUAAACAAAUAACAAAUGUAUAAGUUAUCUUUACUGGUUUGAGAUAAUUGUUGUGCUGUUCUGCUGUUAAAAUGCAAUAGUUAAAUUAUAAUAGUUGUUACAAAACAAAAAAAAUCUGUUUCAUUACAUUUUCAAUUUCAACCGAUAUUACUACAUACUUAAGUAUGAUUAUUUGUAAUUUUAUUAACAAUUUUCAAAUUGUUCAGGUUCAUCAUGGAGGUACAGUGAUAUUUAAUAAUAAUAGUGGCAAUUUAUAAUGCGCCAUAUAUACGUUCACUCAGUCGAUUAUAAUAUUCUGUUAUUGGAGAUGGCUCAGAAUUUAGACUUCUCUUUAGGAAUGAUUUCCGAUCGUGCCAUCACUUUGUCACUAAUUCUUACCAAAAGGAAUAUUUUGUUUCAGGAAAUAAGAUAAUAAUUUAUUUCACUGCGAUUGAAGAAGUGGUGGCAGGAUACGGACCCCACUUUACUCUGUAGUUCUUAGUUAAACCUUACCUUAACCAGCCAAAAUGCAUGUCCCAAAUUCACACGGUCGGCACACUAAGGAUUCCGGGUGAAAUCCAAGACCAAAAGCAACAUCGUCAACCAUCAUGGCGCGCUUAUUUUGAAGCAGUUGUCCGAACGGUCGAGUUGUCCGAACGGUCGAGUUGUCUGAACGGCCGAGUUGUCCGAACGUUCUGAUUCCAUAGAACAUAUCGACCGACAGAAUGGUACCCACCGUUUCUGUCUUUGGACAAUUCAACCGAAACAGUAUAACUGGUUACGACCGCCGAAAACGUACCCGUGUAUUCAUCGUGGCAACCGUUUUCCCAAGUUGCAUUGCGGUACAUUUUUUAAGAUGGUGAUUGUGCACGUGGGACAGACGCGUGAAACGGGUAUUGAGCAAAAGAAAAGAAAAAAGGAAGCAAUAAUCAUGAAUAAGCACUAGUCAUAACUAUGACUUUACAUUUGCCUCUGCUAUCAAUCAUACAAAUUGUACCAAUGAAGUCAUGGUUUUUGACAUACACAAGUCAUUUUGUAAGUAGGCCUAAACUAAAUGUUAGUUAUGAGUUGUACCAAAAGUCGUAACUAUUACAUUUUAAAUAUUGCUGUUUUCAUUAUCAAUGUCCUUUUAACGCUUCCGUUAUAUGGGCUAUUUACUCAUUUUGGCACAGAGGCAAAGAACUUUCAUUUUGUUUGUAAAUUUUUAUUUAUAAAAAAAUGCAAUUUAAUUUUUACUGUAAAUAAUAUUGUAAAUAAUUACCCUAAAAAAUGUCAUGGGUAUUUGUCAUGUGUUUCCAAAUUGCAAAUGCUUUACUACUAAUCAUAAUUUUUAUUCAUGGCGUUUGCUGCCUGCUGAUUAGUAUUGUAGUCAUGUGACUUUGUAUUUCUCAGUGUUUCUUUCAUCCUAAAUAAUUUUAAUUGUUGUUCAAAACGUUACUGCAUGAAAUAAAACUAGUUAACCUUGAAAAGAAGUACUGUAAACGAGAA